AAACACGGAAGUACAACAACAAAAAACCCGCACAAAGGCCAAGUGAAAAUCGAGCGUAAUAGGCCAGAAAAUCAGCGGCUUAUUUCUGUAAGGUGAAAAGUUCAAUCUCCGAAACACCGAAUAAAAGAAUAAGCGAGAAGCACCCGCCGCGAUGACGCCCGAUUUGAAUCUCGAGUUCGAGAACUCGCCGCACCAGCAGCAAUAUUCGGCCCAAAACCCCAUCGAACAGUACGUGCUCCUUUCGAAAACGGCCCGAGGAGCCGCCUGUCUGGAGCUGAUCAAACAGGUCCUGGAAGCGCCCGGAGUGUACGUUUUCGGGGAGCUGUUGGUUUUGCCACGGAUCGCUGAGCUGGAAACCGGUCCAAAUGCCAGUUAUUACAAUACUUUGAAACUUUUUGCCUACGGAACGUACCGAGAGUAUUUGGCCAACGAGAACCAGUUGAUUCCGCUGACUCCAGUUAUGCGCAAAAAGCUCCAACAUUUAACCAUCGUUUCGUUGGCCAUCAAAACUAAAUGCAUCCCGUAUAAGGAGCUGCUAGAGGAGUUGGACAUUAAAAAUGUUCGGGAUCUGGAGGAUCUGAUUAUCGAGGCCAUCUACGGGGACAUUAUCCACGGCAAGCUAGACCAAAAGAACAAACAGUUGGAGGUUGAUUACGCGAUUGGGCGGGACAUUCGCACCGGCAAUAUUGCAGAAAUCGUGGGAACCCUACAGGAAUGGUGCGACUCUUGCGAAACGGUUCUGGCUUGCCUGGAGAACCAAAUCGACCGGGCAAAUUCGGAGAAACAAAAACGCCUGAAGCAUAAAGAUGCAAUCGACACUGAGAUCGCCAACCUCAAAAAGCUGAUCAAGGUUCAGGCCGGAAACGAUUCGGACGAGGCUAUGGCCAUCGAGUCGGGCCGGGAGAUGUCUGUCGGGAAUCCGGAUCCCCGCAAAAAGUCCACCAAAUCGAAAAGCCUCAAAGUGAGCGGUAAGUCCUGGUUCAAAAAUUUCUCAUGAGCUAAAUGAUUGCCGCAGUGGGCGCGCGCAUUUUGAGUGUGUUUGGUGAUGUCCCUUUCCCCCCUUUAUGAUAACUACAUACUACUACUACUACUGCUACCGGUUCCGGGUUUGGUCUCGGUUUUGUUUGGAAACGUCGAGGAGUGCAAACACGGUUGACCAUAUUAAUGAAACUCUAGAACUAACAAUUAAAAAAUAACUGAGGAGAAAUAGACGAAACAUUUCUCGAUAAAACAA